AUGCCCGGAGGUAGCCCCCCUCCCUCGCCCACGACGGUCACCAUCACCCAGACCGCUUCGGGUCCCGAGCCGACCUCGGCUUGCACCACCGGUUCCAUCCAGUGCUGCGACUCCACCGAAGCUGUAAGCGCUACGGACCCGGACGCAGCAGCGAUCCUAGGCUUGCUCGGCGUUGUCGUCGAGGGUGUCGACGUCCUUGUUGGGUUAAGUUGCUCCCCGCUCACUGUCAUCGGCGUCGGUGGAGGCGACUGCUCCAGCAACGUGGUCUGCUGUGAGGAUAACGCCUACGGCGGCCUCAUUUCCAUCGGCUGCGUGCCCAUCAGCCUCUAA